AACAAGCAAGCAGUGGAUGAGGCUGUGGUCAACAUGGUCAUCAAAAACUGUCAGCCACUCACCAUUGUUGAAAAUGAGGGAUUCAGGGAGCUCCUGAAGCUUAUUGCACCCUCAUAUGUUCUACCAAGCAGGAAGGCUUGGUAGCCAAAGAAAAGCUCACUCAAAUGCAGCAACAGCUGGGAACACCAUUCCAUAAAUUAAUAAAUGAGUUGCCGACACGAUGGAACAGCACCUACCACAUGCUGGAAAGAAUGACUGAGCAGAAGGAGGCAGUCUGUGUGUCAUUGGCCUCAUUAAAAACUUAUAUCACUCCACUGACUCCUGAAGAGCUUGAAAUCAUUGAAGAAAUGCUGGUGCUCGCUCCUUUUAACCAAGCCACAAUAGAACUCUCUGAGAAAAAAAGAGUCUCAGGGUCAAAGGUUAUUCCAUUGAUGAGAAUGAUCCACAUUGAACUUCGUCAAGCCUCAACAGUAACAAAAACAGCUGAAAAUCUGAGAAAGCGGCUAACUGAGUCUAUCUGCAACCUGAAAUCGCUCAGUGUGAUGACACUGGCAACACUGUUGGACCCCAGGUUUAAAACAGUUGGCUUCUUUAGUCCACUAAAAGCAACUGAAGCUGUCAAGAGACUGAAGUCGGAGCGUGCUGCUGAACUGAGGAGCCAUGAGCCUGACCCAGCAGGAGAAGAGCCUAGCUCUUCACAUGGAUCAGAACCCAGUUCAGGGCACAAUCUCUGGAAACCUCUGGAUAUGGAGGUUGAGGAGAACAACACGACCUCGAAUACUACGGCUGAUUCCAUAGUUGAAGUCCAACGCUACCUGGCUGAAACCAACACACCCAGAACACAAGAUCCGUUACAAUAUUGGAAAAAUAACCAGAAAACAUAUCCACACCUGUAUCAAUUCGAACUUAAAUUUUUAUGCACACCAUUCUCAUCUGUACCCUGUGAGAGAAUUUUUUCUAAGACAGGGGAACUGAUGUCCAAGAAGAGAAAUCGCCUUGGAGCAAAGACACUACAAAAACUUUUGUUCCUCAAUAAAAGUGUAUGAAUGAAUCCAUUUUUAGUCUGUUAUUUCGUAUGAUUGAACACUUAAGUUUAAAAAAUUCCAUACAUAAAUUAAAAAUUGGAACUCUGAAUUCUAUUAUAGACAAAUUUGCUAUAUUUUACAUACCAACUCAUUUUAGCAUUUACACAAACAAGGUUUGAAGAAAAUUUAAAACUCUUCUCAUAAACAACUUAACUCAGCAAACAAAUUGAGCAAAUGAAAUUAUACAAUGAUGAGAUCAUAUUUUCAGUAAAAGACUAGCAAUUAAAUAAAGAUUAAAUAUUUCAUAGGCUGAUGUUGGGUUUGCAGCAUGUAAGCUUUUCCAUCUUAUUUUCAUUUUGUUUACCUGCAGUGAUUUUAGAACUACUGCAGAGGUCACUAUUGAGUGACCAACACAGUGUCAAUACAGUGCCGACACAGUUUGGGUAGUGUACCUAUACACUCCUUGAGGCAUCAUCAUCCCAUUACUACUGCUACCUAACAAGAAAACCAACAAACAAAAGAAAAAGACACAGCCACUACCUUACACUACUGACUUACCUGAGAUGGCGGUGUGGUCGCAAAGAGACUCUAACAGGCCACUCCCCCACCUUAUCUACACUUCCUCUUCCUGGAUCUCUGCCCAUUGGGCAAGGGAAAAGAGGGCGGGGAAAGCAGAGUGAAGGAAAGGGCUUGUCCUUUGCCUCCCUCUACUCCCUUACCGCCCCUGUUUUACCCCCCAACUAUUAUUAUUUUUCCUAAUCCAUAUCCACUGACUAGAUCUAGCAGCCACAUCUGCCAUGUCCCUCACCGUCUUCCUCAGACUCUGCCCCUGCACUCCCAGCUCCCUCAAAAGUGAAAUAGCUGACCCUGCAACAAAGCCCCUGUACCCCACCUCAACUGGGCGAACUGUGGUUCUCCAUCCCCUCUGCUCAGCAUCUGUCUUUAAGUUUGCAUAUCUACCCUUCUUCCUCUCAUAAGCUGCCUCCAGUGAAUUUUCCCACAGGACUGUUAACUCAGUGAAAUACACUGUCUUUUCCUUCACAGACCACAAAACAAUGUCUGGCCUCAAAUUAGUACACAGUAUUUCCCGGGGAACAAAAAGCUUUCCUCCUAAAUCUACCUGCAUUUCCCAAUCACAAGCUCCUACCAGGCGGCCACACUCUUGCCUAUUUUCUGACUUAAGGCCCUUAUCCUUCUCCCCCUCUCGAACAAAUUUCACCACUAACCUCUCCUUAUUCAAACCUCCAGAAUUCACCUGCUUUCUCCUCUCUUCAAUUCCUGCAGCUGAACUUCUCAGCACCUGAUUAUGCCGCCAUGUAUACCGGCCUUGUGAUAAGUUAAUUGUACAACCAGACAAAAUAUGCUGCAUGCUUGCAGUACCUGAGCACAGCGGGCACGA